AUGCCGCGCGAGCUACCGUGGCUGCAGCACAAGGAGAGCAAGCGGAUCGUGCCCGUCGUCGGCUCGGCCGCCCAGUUCCUUCAACCGGCAUGCGAUGGACCGGCGCCGGCUGACCGACUGCACUUCGCGCCGCCGGCGGCUCUCCUGCUCGAGCACGGCGCCAACGUCAACUCGGUGCAGCACUCGACUCUGGGGCCUCUCGUGCCUCUCGUGCCCUUCCAGCCGGCGGGCGUUGCCGGCGUGCUCGGCGGCGCGCCCGCGCCCUUUGCCCCGCCGCCCCAGGCGCGCCGUAGAGAGUGCCGACGCGAUGUCGAUGAUUUUGGCCUGCGAGACGGGGGCGAGGAGCGGUGUGAGGGCGCCAUGUGCCCGGGCGACGGGCUAAGGGGCCGCUACACGGGCCGCAGAGCUCACCAGCGCCGGCACGGUGGCGCUGGCAUCGAUUUUGCUUCUUGCGUCCGCCUUGGGCUGUGCCUGACCGAGGGCUUACUCUCAACGUCGACGUUACGGCUAGCCUUUGGCGAAGGCAGAGAAUUAGGGUUAUAG